AGCGCGCGGCCGUGCGUUAAUAGUUUCGAGCUGUCGGUCUCUUCUCUCCUCCGCCUCAGAGCGCCGUUCUGCUGACUCAGUGCCUUACAGAACAGUCCCGUUUCUCCACACCGUCCGGAACUACAGAUCCUCUCUACUAACAACAACGACAACCGCAGCCAUGGCAAAAACCGCAGUCGCUUACAAAGAGAAGAUGAAGGAGCUGUCCCUUGUCUCCCUCAUCUGCUCCUGCUUGUACCCAGAGGCCCGGAACAAGAUGAUGGGCGAGUUUGAAGACAUGAAAGUCAAACCCAUUAAUAAGCGAGCCUCUGGACAAGCCUUCGAAGUGAUCCUGAAACCACCAUCCCCUACAUCUGAGGGCUACAGCGUCACCUCUCCCCCCAAGAAGAGGGAUGUUUCUCUGGAAGACAUUCAGAAGAAGCUGGAGGCAGCUGAGGACCGAAGGAAAUCUCAGGAGGCUCAGGUGCUAAAGGCUCUGGCUGAGAAGCGUGAGCACGAGCGUGAUGUGCUGCUCAAGGCCAUGGAGGAAAACAGCAACUUCAGCAAGAUGGCAGAGGAGAAACUUACCAUGAAGAUGGAUCACAUCACCAAGAACCGCGAGGCUCUGCUCACAGCUAUGCUGGAGCGCCUACAGGAGAAGGAGAGACAUGCCCAGGUGGUACGCAGGAACAAGGAACUGCGGGAUGAGAUGAGCGGAGACGAAGAUCUCCAGUUCUAAUAUGCCCCCCCAUCACCCACCUGACCAAGUCCGAGACCCUCCCUCCCUAUUACCCAGUCCCACGUAGAGAAAGAGUCUCAUACACAUACACACACACACUCCACCCCGCGUCCCACUUCCUAACCUGAGGGAGAAGGACAAACCCCAGUCUGCACCAACAGCACAUGCCUAUCCCAUCUUCCCCUCGCAAAAAAAAAGUGAAAAAAUUAAUGAAACUACUGCUCCCUACUGCUCCCUAAACAAGAAUGUUUUUGCUCGAUUCAAAAUGAAACAAGUCAAAGUGGGUAUUGAUUUUUCUUUUUUUUGUAAAUACUUCCUUUUUUGUUUUAUAUAUAUGAGGCGACAAAAGUAUUGCAUUGUGCCAUUUUAUAGUUUUCUCUCUAUAUAUCAAUGGAUGUAUUCCUUUCUUCUCUCUGUAUCUCUCCAAUCUGCUGCAGUUUCUCUUGUAACAGGCUUUGGUGUUUGUGAAUUUGCUGGCUAGCUGAUAUUUAGCAGUUUCACCUCUUCAACCCCAAAUGGCCAUGUUUUUAUGUGUGUGUAUGUGGGUGUGAAGAACAUAUUUAGUCGCAUCACAUCGCACACAUAUUACUGAUUCUCAUGAGAGUUAGAUCACCACACACACUAUAUAUGGACACACACACACACACCAAUAUAUAAGUCAUACCAACAUUCAUACAUACAUACACACCAUGAAUAAAUGCACCUGGGAUUUAGCAAAGAUGACAUCCUGCUCAGGAGGAGCUUGCUAAAUCUUCAGUUACCAUACUUGAUUAUGUGAUGUGACAUCUGUGCCUCAUCGCCACUUCGGUGCCACCCAUGUACAGUCGAUCUCACAGUUUUCCAUUCUGUAGUGGUUCGUUUAUGGUUCUCUCAUUCUAAUCAAAGCAUGCCAGAGAGAAACUAAAGUUGUAGCCAUAGAGGCCUACCAGAGACUGCUGAAUGUCUGGAGGUAGCACAUCCUUACUGAUGGACACCAGAGGCACGAUGGAGAAUGAAGGUGACCUCACAUAUCAUCCAUAGCGAAGUAUGUGUGCCCGUGUGUAAGUGUGUGUAUGUGUCCAAAGAGACAUGGGUGGAACACAGGGAGUGUGUCAGUGCUCUUGUGUGAGCAGGGGAUUUAAGACAUCCCUGUGUCACAGACCUUCCUUCUGCAUCCUUUCUCCUGUUCAUGUGCUUUCUUCCCUUAACACAUGUAUCGAUGUGAGCAAGCUGUGGUGAAUAAAGGUUUGGGGUUCUGUGAAUGAC